CCCACACACACGCACAGUUUUGAGGAAAUGGCCGUGCGCUAUCUGUCCGUCUCGAGAAGAUAUACCAUCGAUUGCUGCAGGUUGACAUCAAGUGCAUCAACCAGGUCUUUCCUAGGCUUCUUCAGCACUGCAGCGGAGCAGCGUAGUGCUGGAGAUGAUUGUCAUGGCGAUGAUGAUCACAGUCAUUCUAUGACACGUGUCAGGACGUUGGAGACGAGAGCUAAAAAACUGGAGCAGCAGGUUGAUGACCUCACUGAGAGAUACAAACGAGCCCUGGCGGACUCAGACAACGUUAGGAGAAGAACACAGAAAUUUGUUGAGGACGCUAAAUUAUUUGGGAUUCAGAGUUUCUGUCGUGACAUUGUGGAGGUGGCAGACUUGUUGGAGAAGUCUUCAGUAGUAGAAGAGAGGGAUGGAGCACAGCAGCUGUCACAAUAUCUGGCACACAUACAGGGACGGCUGCAGGAAGUGUUCACCAAGCAUGGACUGGAGAAGAUGAGCCCCAUUGGAGGCCAGUACGACCCAUAUCAGCAUGAGAUAGUCUGUCACAGACCUGCCGAGGGUGCGGAGCCUGGCACUGUAGCCGUGGUGAAACAAGACGGUUACAUGCUGCAUGGACGUACCAUUCGCCAUGCCCUUGUGGGUAUUGCUGUGAAGACGCAAGAGCAGUGACAGGGCCUUGGUUUAGUCCUCUCCUGUUUAACAACUCUUUUAUAGUGUUAGUAUGUAUGAAACCAGUGUUCUUACAUCUCUAGACAACUACACAUUUGAUUUACGUUCUGAUGUAAUGGUUAUUUAUGUGUAUUUAUGAAAUUUGUUUGGUUUUUCUUUUUUUCUAACUCUAUUCCAAUAGAUAGACCACUUUUAUUUUUUUUUAAAUCCCUAUUUACAGAUGUCUACAAUGUGCAUUUAGUGUUUGGAGGGAUUCAUAAUUGUCUUGAUGUAAAAAGACAUCAGUGUUGUGUUGUGUAACACGAAUUUGAAUGUUGAAAGGAUGUGAAAAUGCACUUUACACCCUUGUCAUGGUGGCUUCUGUAAGUGACGAGCAGAUUUGUUUUUUAAGGAAAAAAGCAAUGAAAAGAUUAUAUUGGCUGUUCUACCGUGUGUCAAGUAAAUGUCUUAGCAUUACCCAAAAAUAAACGGAGAGAUGCACAUAUGAUAUAUAUGUAUCCAAAGUGAAAAAUGUAACAUUAUUUGAGAGAUAAAAAAUAAAUAAACAUUACAAAUAUUUAUAUUUAUUUAUUUGGUUUGAAAUAGGUUGCCCUGAUAGAUUUUUGUUGUAUUGAAUUAUUUUUGUAUUAUUUGAAAUGAGAAAACGCGAGUCGUCUAAAACUAACUUUUUUACAAAUGUGUGCUUGUAAAUGUUGAAAACGAUUAGUUUUGCAUGUGAGGACUGAAUAAAAUAUUGUU